ACCUCAGGGGCGGCAACGGUCCCGCUCGAAUCCUUCGAGGCGGGUUCGCAAUUCGGCACAGGCGCAUGACUGUCAACUUUUCCCUUUUCUUGCGAGGAAUCCUAUUCGGAACAAGGGAAUUUUCCUUAAAAAAGGGAAACGUUGACAGCUAUGCACAGGCGCCCCCUUUCUCCCGAGCUAAAGGGAAAAGUAAGGAUUCCUUUCUUUCUGUUCUUACGGAGGGAGAGGCGAGGGCUCUUCUCCGCUAAGCCUGCCAGAGGGGCGGGACUCCUCCCCGUGUGAGUGUCUGAGGGGAAAGAGGCCGCCGUAAGGCGAGCUGCUUCUUCGCCAGGGCGGAGCCGGCGGCCUGUUGGCCCCGGAAGAUCCUACGCCGGAGCCACGUGGCCCGGUAGUGGGCGGGCGAGGCGGUGGUAGUGGUGGUGGCGGCGGCGGCCAGUGCUGCUGCUGCUGCUGCUGCCGCCGCCGCCUACCACCCAGCAGCGGUGGCUACUGCGGCUGCCUCGCCGGUUGCGGACGAGGAGCUGGGCCCGGAGGCCGGCGGCAGCAUGGGCCCGGCGUUGGAGCGGGGCCGCCUGGCGGCGGGUCUGCUGGUGAACUUGGCGGCGUCCAUCUGCAUCGUGUUCCUGAACAAGUGGCUGUACGUGCGGAUGGGCUUCCCCAACCUGACGCUGACGCUGGUGCACUUCGCCGUCACCUGGCUGGGGCUGUACGUGUGCCAGGCGCUGGGCAUCUUCUCCCCGAAGAGCCUGCGGCCCCGCCAGGUGCUGCCCCUGGCGCUCAGCUUCUGCGGCUUCGUGGUCUUCACCAAUCUGUCCCUGCAGAACAACACCAUCGGCACCUACCAGCUGGCCAAGGCCAUGACCACGCCGGUUAUCGUCCUCAUCCAGAGCGUGGCUUACGGAAAGACUUUCCCCGCCCGCAUCAAGCUCACCCUGGUGAGGAGAAGGGCGGGAGCCAGAGAGCCAGGGCGGGAGGGGGGCCAUUGCGCACCGGCAGAGCGGCCCCCGAAACCCUUCCUCAGGCCCGGGGGGAGGGAAAGGGGAGCCAGCCGCUCUCGCACGUCGAGGCGAUCGCUGCCCUCAAACACUUUGAGCCAACUCCUAGGGGCCGAGGGGGUCUUCGUCCCCCACCCAAUGAAAUAUUUGAGCCCCCCCCCCAUUUAAUAGGCAUUGCCAUUCAAAUAGUGAUCAUGUGAUCCAUUAUGUGGGGUGGGGCUUACCUGCCCCCCCCCCAUAAUUUUAUUCAAGUUGGCACCCCUACGCACAAAAAACCAGAGCUUUGGCUACUGAAGGGCUACCCGGAAGCCUCUCCCGCCUUUUUUCCUGUCCCAGUUUAUGAAGGCCGUUAAUUCAUUCUGCACAGGCUCAGAGGCCCUUUCUUUUUCUUACUGCGUUUGCCCUAGACAGGCUUGCUGCCGAAUAGGAGGGCCUGGCGCAGACGACCCUGCUCGCUGGUUCUGAGUGAAAGAAUCGGAUUGCCCGUUUCUAAUGCAGGGAAGUGAUGUUCCGGGAAGGCAAAUGCCUUCUUGGUCCAGUCCUGUUAAAUAAGGGGUGACCCUUCCCUUUUUCAAAAGCAUAGUGCAGUAUGCUGGUCUUCUGAAGCUCAUGGAGAAGGUGGACAGCUGAGGUUGUGAAGUAUAGGAGAUAAGAAAGGAUAGGAAGUAGUGAGAUGUCUGCAUUUUCAAUAUCAGUGCAUUUCAGUUAAGAAUUGCUAACCAUGCUGUUAAUUUUUUUUAUUUAUAAAAGUAUAUGUCGCUAAAGCACAAAACAUAUCGGAGCAGCUUACAACACUGAAAAGAUAAAAACCAUACAAUAGAGGCAUAAAAAACUAGAAAAGCAUAUUAAGCACCCCCCCCCCCCAGUUAGGGCUGUUCCCUGAUUAAAUGAAUCUUAAUUGUUUGGGUUGUAGUAAAUUAAUAUGUGGGUUGAAUUUGCAUAAACUUCCAUAAGAGCAAAAAAAAUUGGCAUUGAAACAAAAAUUACACUUGAGUUGUAUGUUUAUUUCCUCAGAUGUAUCAUAGCCAAUAUAUUUGUGAGCUGCAUGUGAUGCAAUUGCUACAGCACUUGUGCAAAAUACUGGUCUUUUAGGCUGUUUCUUGAAGAAAAUCUUGUAUCUCACCAGAAACUUGCCCAAUGUUCUGAGUAGGAGAUGCAUUUUUAGUGGUAACUGCUUUCAUUUCAAUAGCAUUGCUUAUGUGUGACUUUUAUUGGUAGUAUUCUUUUGCUUCCAUCAAAUUAUAUAUUGAUACAGCAUCUCUGGACGUGACAGCUGAAGCUUGGACUUUGAGGCUUAUAGAUAAGAAAAGUUUUGUUCUGUUGAAUUGUAUGAGCAGCAAAUGCAUAGAACAUGUAACAUUCUUUUUCCUUUCCUUUACAGAUUCCUAUUACUUUAGGCGUUUUCCUAAAUUCCUAUUAUGAUGUGAAAUUUAACUUUCUUGGCAUGGUAUUUGCUUCCCUCGGUGUUUUAGUGACAUCUCUUUAUCAAGUGGUAAGUAAAAAAAAUGACCUUCUACUAUCAUAUGCAGUUUUUGAUUCAAAAUAAUAACUGUCUUGAUGUAACACACCUAAAUCUUCUACCUUUUUUCUGGCUAUCUCAGAUGGCAGGUCCUCCACUAAUAUAUUGUUGUGCAUUUACCACUCUUGACAACUGUAAAAUACGAAACCGUGGUCAUUGACACCAAACUAUUUGUCUGCAAGCAGUAGGCAAAUGUGUAUUAUGUGGCUACAUUCUUUAUUUUGGGGUUAAAUAUGCAAUAUUUAUUCAAAGUGAAAUCUGGAUUUUAAACAAACCAACAUAUUAACAUUUUUACGCUUACAGUCUCAUAAAACUCAAUCAUGGCCAUCUCUCAAACACAUUGAUUUAAAGGCUACUUUUCUAUGUAAAAAGAAAUACGGGGAAAUGUCUGAAGUUAGGUCUUAUAAGUGAUAUAUGGAGCUUAUAGCCCUAAACAUACUUACUAGGGAGGAAGGCCCAAAGAACCCAGUGUGGGUUAACUUCUGAAUAAACUGGCUAGGAUUAAGAGGCCAAAAGAGGUACCAGACACAAUGGGGAUGAGAGAGGGGAUACUUGAAUUUAGGUUGCUUUUUUCUAAAAGGAAGGAGUCUCUGUUCUGAUCUUGUACAGGGAACAAGGAAUUUAGGCGCAUUGAAUAUAAAACCCUGUACAACUCUGGACGAGGUUACCUGAGACAGACUUCCCCUCCAUUGCCUAGUAACAGCUUUAAAAUCAACAAAUGGAAACUGGUUAAUCUUGUCCUGGUCUGAUAGUUUGUGGUGCUGCUGAGGUGGGUUUUUUCACUAGUGGCACCAGUGUUAUGGAAUGCACUCUAUGCUGAAAUACAAGAGGUUCCAUUUGUGUUAGUGUUCUGCUAGCUUUUGAAAGUGCACAGGCAUCCCCUUGGUCUCUUGACCCAAGUCACCUGUUUUAAUUGCUGUGGAGUUUUAAUUGAAUUAUUUUCUUUUGUAUUUAAUUGUGGGUGUUUGUAUAAAUAGUUUUUAUACUUUGCAAACUACUUAGAAGCCUAUUUUGACACUAAGCAGUAUAUACAUGAAUAAAUUAAAUUCAGAGCCCAGCCAUGUUUCCAAGCUUAUUUAGAAGUCUUGGCCUCCAAGCACCAUCUUGAUUCAUAUCAUUGCAUAUGAAGAGAUUCAAACAGAUAGUUUUCUGCUCUCUAAGCAGCUACAAUUUUGCAGCUUCUGUGUACUGCAAGAUUAAAAAAAUAAAUAAAUUAUAUGAAGUAGUUGCAAACCAAUAUCUUUUGUUAUAACCACCAGUUAAAAUUAAUGCUUGUUCAGGAAGUAAUUUGACUCCGUAGUUAAACAUGGCAUUUUUUUCUUGAUGAUCUAAACCUAUGCUGAAUCUCUCAGAAACCCCAACCCUGUGUCAUUUAAGCCUGUGUAAAGAAAAAUCCUUUGAAGUUCCAAAUGUUUCAGCUUUCCUCCCAAAUUUGGAUAAAUUGGGCUUAGCUGUCCUCUAAUGUACAUAUAGAUUUUUGUUAAUGUAUAUAUCUACGUUAUCAUUUUUGUAGAAGGCGCUAAAAGAUUCCUUACAACUUAUUACACUUGGAUGUCACAGGUUAUUAACGUAUUUUUCUUGAUUUUAGUGGGUAGGAGCGAAGCAACAUGAGCUACAGGUAAACUCUAUGCAGUUGCUGUACUAUCAAGCUCCCAUGUCUUGUGGCAUGCUGUUGUGUGUCGUUCCCUUCUUUGAACCAGUAUUUGGCGAUGGUGGAAUAUUUGGUCCCUGGACACUUUCUGCUGUGGUAAGCCUUUGUUUUGUGUCUGCUUUUUAAAAAAAAAAAUUAAAGUUUGAGCCUGCAUAUUUGAGUAGUAUCUUCAAAAUGAUAAUCCAUAGUAACAGUGGUGCUCCAAGUAGAAACCACUUAGCCAAAUAUAAUUUAUGGAGCAUCCACUUCAAAUAGAGGGUGGGGGAGUGUCCCAAGUUUUGCAGUUACAGUCUGGCCUAAGUAAGUAAAUCUGGACAUGCAGUUACUGAAAUCAUGGGGAAUUUUAUGAAGAAGGUCCAGCUACUCAUGAACUCUAAAGCCCAUAGAGGUCAGUGCAGCUUAUACCACUCAAAAUACAGGUGUAAUUAAAUUCACUCUAUAGGAGUUGAUGGAAGGGCAGUAAAGUAAUGUUUACCCUUCCCCAGCCACAGACCUCUUGGGCAGAAGCAGUGGGGCUUGAUUUACACAGAAGAUAUGCCAACAUAUCUGCCCCUAGUGUAUCUGCCCGGUUAGUAUUGCUCUUCCUAUCUCAUAUUGUAAUCCUGUAUGAAUUUACAUGGAGGGAACUGUACCAAAUAUAAUGGGAGUUUACUUCUGAGUAAACAUAGGAUAGAACUGCAUUAUGCUCUCUAGUAAUAAGGCUGCUAAGUUGAUGGUUCUAUCCUCCUUGGGAAUAGGUAUGUCAGACUCUUCAAAGAAAAAAAUCUUAACAAAAACUUUAAAAUAAAAUAAAAUAUUCCAUUUGAAUUAGAUUUAUUUAUUUAUUUAUUUAUUCUAGGUGGUUCCCAAUACGUAAGAUUCUCUAGGCAGCUUGGAAAAAAAAUAUAAGCAUACAGUAAUACAAAAUACAGUAUAAUGCUGUAAUAAUAAAAAUCAGUAUAAAAAAAUAAAACCUUUCCCAGCAGUGACAUAAAACAAUUGAAACUCCCAAGGCAGCUAACAUCUGUACAAUGUAUAUGCCAACAACAUAAGAAUCCAUUAUGUUAAUGUGGAAUUAUUGGGAAUGAAAAAAUGGCAUUGUGGCUUCUGGCCCAAUCAAGGCCCAAAGUUGUCUGCCAGGGUCAAAGAGAAUUCAUGCCUCCUGUAGUAACUGUUCAAACCACUUCCAGGAAGAACACUGUGCUUUGCAAACCAGUAUGGGUUUUGUUUGUUUACAAUCCAUAUUUGCUUAUUUGAUUGUGAAUUUGCUAUACUGUACUGUAUUAUGUUGUACAGCUGUUCAAACGUUUUAAUGUAGUGAUGCCUUAAAACACGUUGCAGUGCUCAUAUUUUGUUUUGUUUGGUUUGGUUUUGUGUGUCUAUUACUUACCCACAGUUUAUGGUGCUGCUGUCUGGAAUCAUAGCCUUUAUGGUGAACUUAUCUAUUUACUGGAUCAUUGGGAAUACUUCACCAGUCACGUAUCCUUUUCUCUUUUUUAGUCCUAUUUCUCACUUUCAGUUGAAAAAAAUAUAUCUUCAGUAUUCACACUGGUAUAUUUAAUAAAGAAAUUAGCGUGCCAGCCAACUAAUAACGAACAUGUUUUGUUCUGAUUACAAGACUGCAAAAAUGCAGUGGCUUGUAACCACAGUCCUGCUACUUCAGCUGUGGUGGGGGAAUGUAACUGUUACUCUACCCUCUCCUGUCCGCACCCCUCACUGGUCACAAAAGUUGCUAUGGAGAAUCCUCCAACCCACCAGCCAUAAGAAGCCUUUUUAUACCAGGUCAGACUAUUGGCCCAUGUAAGUCCAGCAUUGUCUGUUCUGACUGGCAGCAUCCUCCAGUAUUUCAGACUGGUCUCCCCCAGCUCUGCUACUUGAGAUCCUUUUUAACUGGAGGCAGAAGUGGCCAGCAUGGUGGAACAGUCUGAUUUAUAGGUAAAAACCAACCCCUUAAAUUGUGCCCAGAAAGCAGUUGCAUUGCAUUCUACUAGCACAACUUUUCAGUGCUCAAGUGCUUGGAUAUGCAUUUAUCGUUUCAUAGUAAUUAAAUCACGAUAAUGAAUUUUUAGUUUGUAGGUAAUGAUCUGCUAUACAUAAAGCAUAAAAGUGUUGAUUAUAGUAGCUGAGAUGUAGCUAAAAACCCAAAAUGCAGCUGAGUAAGAACUCAGGCUUGUUUAAGUUGUCUGUUGUUGCUUCAGUGUGCUGUGCACCACUUACAGAUAUUUUUGAUCUAUUAAGAGGUAUAGAAACAAAAUAAUCAGAAGUUGGAUUAAGCAGGUGAUGGGGAUACCUAGGUAGCAGGCAUGGGCUGCAACCUUGUGCACUUUUAGGCAGCUUAUUAAGCCUAUUGACUGCAAUAGGAUUUAAGCAGCCAAACUUUCCACAGGAUUGUAUCAACAUACAAGUAAGUGGAUAAAUGAACUUUGCAUGUUUUGCAUUUGACAAGUAUAUGCUCCUUAACAGAUCUGCAUAGCUAUAAUAUGUUCGGACACUUCAAAUUCUGCAUCACCCUCAUGGGAGGGUACCUCUUGUUUAAGGAUCCUUUAUCAAUUAAUCAAGGCCUUGGAAUUACAUGCACAUUGUUUGGAAUUUUAGCUUAUACCCACUUCAAACUUAGUGAACAAGAAGGGGGCAAGAGCAAGCUGGUUCAGCGUCCAUAGAACAAGUACUGAUAUGGAUGGUGAAUGAGUCCUUUUAAUAUGCACUAGUUUUGAAACAAGCAAAAUAAGGAAAUAGAUGCGCCCAGUUGCUGUUAAGGAAGUGCAUUUCUGUUAUUUUUAUAUAAAGGAUCAGUUUUUUAAAAAACAAGCACUACAAAAACUCAUCAUCUACAAUCUUGGCCUAUGGUGUUUUUUUCUAUUCUAUUAAGUGAUUUCUAUAUUUAAAAUAUGGUUCAUAAUUACAGUGGCAAUUCUAAGAUAAGAGAAUUCAACUAUUUCAUACCAAAUGGACUCAUCAAGUUAGAUGUGACAUUAAUUGCCAAAGGAAUUCAUUCUGCCCUUUUGAUUAUGUCAGUAUUACCAUUUCUAGAAAGGAGGCUGUCUGCUGAUAAUGUGAAGUCAAAUGAACAUUGUAUCUUCUUGAUCUGGUAAAGAAUGGAAAAUCAAAUUUUGUUUUUGUUUGUUUUUUCUUGUAUUUUGUUUUUGAAUGAAAUAUUGUAUAACAUAAUCAUGCAUAGAUUUAUUUUUAACAAUCCAAUAGAAAGCAUUUGUUUCUGAGAAUUAGAUUUUCUUCAUUUACAGUUAAGCAAAAUUACGGUAUUCUAGUAUUAUUAAGACACCUAAAAUGGUCUGAUCCUUUGCAGCGUGAUCAGAUUUCUAAACUCUUUAAAAAUGUAACUGGCUGCAGGGCUGGCUCCUGUAAUCUGAAAUGCUUUUCUUCAUACCCACGUUUAAGGUCCUAGAAUUUUUCAUAGAAGAGGGCGGAUUCCUUAGUCAGCCACCUUCGGCCAGUAUGGAUAUAGUAUUUUCUGUUCCUGAACUGAGUUUGUGUACUUCUCCCAAGUUUGUGUAAUGCCCCCUAUCCAUCCUCAAGCUUUAAGCAUGAUUAAGAAUUGCAUCUGUACCAGGGUUAACCAUGGCUAAUGCCAAGCAGCAUUUGAUAAAUAACCAUGAUUUUUAAUCAGUUUCAGUUCUUGGGUUUCAACUGCUGGUUAAGAUUAACCCAGAGUAAAGUUGACAAUUAAGCAGUAGGAGGCUUUGCUUUGCGGGGGGGGGAGCUAGUAGGGUGGCACUUAAGAUCCUCAGGUCCCUUAACAUAAGGGAUUCAGUCUGCUCCAGCCUCUUAUAAUAGAAAUACAUGGGGUUGAACAGGAAGAUGGGAAUGCUUCCAGACAUUUGCAGAUUAUGUCUUAACUAACAAAUAAAGAUUUCUGCAAAAUUUUGAAGUCAGGUGGUAAAGCCUUUUAGGAGGGGGGAAAACUUUAUGGAAAGGAAAAUAAAGCAUCUAUAGUAGUUAGUUGCUGUCUAAACCAAACUACAUGUAUUUUAAAAGAAUUUUUUAUAUAACCAUUUAAUAAAAUGUCUGAGCAGUAAGUUCAUAUUUUUCAAAAUGCCAGCAGAGCUGUUCACUUAUGGAACAAUAAAAUAUGAUGUAACACUUUUAAUAAAAAAAAGAAACAGGCUAAUUUGUGUCCAAAGGGCCUUGCAAUCUAUCUGAAUAGCCUGGUCAUUUGUUCCACUGUUACGAACAGCUGCUAGUUUUGAUAAAAGACUGAAACUGUAAGCCUGAGUUGUAAAACUAGAAGACUGUGAUUCCAAAAAGAAAUUUGCUUUGAAAGGGUGUGUAGUUUUUGCCUCACAAGCUACAAAGUUCAUUUGAUAAAUACAUUAAAAUGCUGUUUGGUUGGUUGGGUUUUUUUUGUUUGUAAAAAACCCCCGCCUUGUAUGAUCAAAAGCAGAACUUUAUAUACUGCCUGUAUUUUAUUUCUGUCUGUAGUUUUAGGAAGAUAUGACCAAGAACAAAUAACUGAAUUCUGCAACUCCUGUAAAAUGAACUGCAUACUAAUUUCUUUUGAUAAAGGUGUCUCUUCACAACUAUGAUGCAAAUCUUAGAUCCCAAAUUCUUUUAGUGAUUUGAGCAAUACAGUGUAGAAACAACCACCUCAGAAAAGGGCCAGUGUUCAAUGAUUAUUCAGUUCUCAAAUGUUUUGGUUGUGUUUGUAGCCCAAAUCCUUCAGUAGCCUAAUAUACCCCAGGGGGGGUCUUGUAUUUUGAUAGACCAUUUCAUUUCAUGUCUAACAGUUUUAGAUACUUUACAAAAUUAGUUACUUUCUUAAAUAUUUGUAAUUAGCGUUAAAAAUAGGCUGCAGAAAAAUAUGUUCAGAACAUCAUGAUCUUGAAGUGCGUAUUGUUCCAAUGUAUGCACUGACAAAACAAUUUUGCACUAAUUUUGUGCUGUGCACAAGCUUUUCUGUAAGAUAAAUACACCACAAGGAUCUGUUUAAUUAAAACAAAAGACUAAUUCAGAUGCCUUUAUAAAGACACAAAGUAGCCUCUAACAACGUAGAUUCAAGAGGUAUAAUGUUCCUGCAAGUCAAUUCUGUGUCUGAAAAGGUAGCAUAAAAUGGUUAAACUCUCUAUCUCAUUCAACUGUAACAUGGUUUGAAGUUGUAGGAUAUUACUGUAAAUACAGUGUACAAUAAGAAUGUAUAAGGUACAAAUGGCGCUGAAAGCUGGAGUUGGUCUUCUCAGUGGCAGAAAAUGUAAAUGAAAUGCACAAACCAAGAACCCAAAUGUACGCAUCCUGUAGUUAGAAUGAAGAGAGGUUUUAUUUAAAUUCUUGGUUUCGCUGAUUGAAUAAAAGAGUUCUUAAUUAUUA